UCAGCCGAAAAUAAAUCAUGGCUAUCUAUUUUCGGCUUCCCCUGUCCAGGGUGUGGCCCAUUGGUCAAGACUUGCACCGUCAUAGGGCCAUCCGGUGGAAAAUGGCGACAGUGACGGCCAUUUUGGGCCCAACACCCAAAAUGCUGACAUUGUUGCUCUCCACGUUCUGUCCUGAAAGUAUUUAAGCGUAGACUGUCAAGCGACAGCCGCUCUAGCGGUAGCGAUGCUCCGGGAGCCGAACAUGGCAUCUCAAAGUCAGAGUAUCGCCAAGAAGCGAGAUAGGUCUGGUGAGAACUUUACCAAGGCAACGAAGAACCUACUAGCACGAUGCGACCGAAUCAGGGAGCAAUAUGGCGCCGACGUAUACAUUCAAGUCCGUAGGAUGCACAAACACUAUACGUACACUUCAUCUAACGAGCCGUCCUGGCCUAAGACAAAGGCGGAGAUGGAAAGGAUGUACCCCAUUCCCAUAACAAGAACUCCCCAAGACUUUGCUGGUAAACGAAGUCGCGCAUCGGUCGUCCAUACACCACAGGGAACCACAGCAAAAGGAAAUGACGUCUCAUGUUGCGGUGGGGAGAGAUCGUCAGAUGUAGAUCGACGUAACGUUCUGGCUCUGACAGCAUGCGCUGCGUGGAAGGGAAUGACAGCUCAAAAGAAGUAGAUAUGGUAAAACUAGAUACAGUUGCCAAAUGAAAGAUCUCC